AUGUCCCCUAACGCAGCUGCCAUGGACGCAUCACCCUCAGAUGCUUUCACUUCGUUCGCCAACAGUUUCUGGAGUUGUGAUCGUCAAGGCUUGGAUUCUCUGCAAAAUUAUGUAGAGGAAGCCUAUCAUACCAUGGAAACAUUGUAUACAAUGUACAGCGAACGUGCACAAUUGGAAGCCGAUUUCGGUCAGAAGCUGAUGAACUUGUCAAAUAAAGCCCCUCCCUCCACCAAGGAUUCAGAGGAUCAAAAGGAAACCAAAGGGGUCGCUGCUGCAAUAGACACUGUCCAUACCGAACUCCUCAAGACAGCCAAAUCACACAUUGAUCUCUCGCGACGGCUUGAACAGCAGGUAGCCGGUGCCUUGCAAACAUGGAUCUCUGAGCAUCGCGAUGCAGUUACCAAGUGGUCCAUUCCACUGAACGAGUGCUAUCAACGACGACAGACUUACAUCAUGCAACUCCUUCAAGUACGCGAGAAAUAUCACACUGAAUAUCGCUCAGCCGAGGGUCCACACUCAUCACGGUUACAAUCGCUUCAAAAAGAAUAUAAACAACUGCUGGCAAAAGUCGACGAGGCUGUGAAGCAAUGGAAUAACGAAUGGCUAAAGGCUUGCAAGCAACUAGAAACAAUGGAACAAGAACGAAUAGAAUUUUUUACCAACAACACAUGGGAAUAUGCCAAUCUUGGAUCGGCAAGGUUGUUGGUACAGGACGAAUGGUGUGAAAAGAUUAGAAAAAAGCUGGAAGAGUGUGAUAUUGGCGAGGAGUUGGAAAGACAGGCUCGAGAGUUUGGGCUUGGAACCGAUAUGCCAUCGACCAAUGAUUACGUUGAUUUCUACAUUAAGCAACAGAAGCAACAUCCACAAAAGUUGCGAAAAGCAUCACCGCAACCAAAUGAUCAUCGUCCUAGACCCAUUGCCGCGGAUGCGCAUAAAAGUCUUCCACCUCGCCCAACAACUACCAACGACAAUAGAUUGCAUGAUGCACCUAACAACCCACAACCAUCGACGUCGACAUCGUCAUCGUCCUCGUCAUCGUCCACCGCCAAACGUGGGCCUAUCAAACGCAAGCCUUUGGAUCGACAAAUGAUUGGUGAUCUUAAAUCAACGGUAUCCUCACAACGUGGAGCCCCCUUGGAUGCCAAUGCCUCAUCUCGUUCUGGUCCUGCCCGAUCGUCUUUGGCCAAUCUGGAAGAUCUACUUCGCAAAUUUGAAGGACCGACCACGGAUCACAACUCAGAACCCGUGCACCAUCGAAACUCUGUGCAGCCACCAAAACCAGGCACCGGCAUACCUCAACCACCUAUGCACUCGGCGCUUCCUUCAAUUCCUUCGGCCCCAGAGUCGCAUCAUGGAGAUACAGGCUUACCCAACAUUCCGACCCCCAGUAGUAGCUCGGCUUCCUUAUCCACCAUGAAUGAAGCCAUCAAACCUCCUAAAUCCCCUCGACCAUCCUCACAACAGCUAGCGUCACAUGUAUUACAACAGCAACAGCAACAGCAUCAGCAUCAGCAACACUCCUAUCAACCACAUCAACAGCAGCAGCAGCAACAUCCACACCAGCACCAUCAGCAGCAUUCACACCAGCAAAUGCCACCAGAGCAAAACGCUACACCGGGAAUGAUGUCUGAUUAUAACCGGCCACUUCCGUGCUCUCCUGCGAUCCAGCCACAAUACGGUCCACAACAGGAUCGGCUACAGCAGCAGUCACAUCCACCGGCAUCGAAUCAACCCAUCGGUAAUCCCAUGAAUAUGUCCAUGACAUCGGAAACACCCAUGAUGCCACCUUACACUCAGGCAGCCAACGGUCCCGCUCCAUCAUCAAUGGCAGCUUCUCCUAUGCUAACGUCUACUCGGGCCGCCCCACCCUCCCCUAUUAUGAUUCCUUCUGGCGCCUCGCUUGCGCAAGCUCGUUCGCCUGUAGCGGCUCCUGCUGCGCUUCACUCACCUUCCAUGUAUCAAGCACCACCCAGUCCCUACAUGACGCCGGUACCGUACGGUGCACGCGACAUGCGAUCAACGUCUGCUGCAGGACAACCGUAUCAGCCGCCAUCGCAACAGGCGUAUCCUCAUUCGCCCAUGCUGAUACCCACCUCACCUCACGGACCCCAGCAUCAGGCUUACUCUCGUCCGGCUUCACCAAUGAUGGGCCCCGCUUCUCCUUCGGCGUAUGCCUUGCCAAUGUAUUUACCCGACGGACGACCCGUUGCCACUUGGGCAAGAGCGAAAUACGAUUAUGUGGCCAAUGAUUCCACGGAACUUACGUUUAAGCGCGGCACUCUGUUUGCGCUCACGAGCAUGUCAGUGGACGAAGGUUGGUGGAACGCUGAAUUAUGGGACGAAGUACGUCAAUGCUCUUGUGCUUCGGGUUGCAUCCCGGGUAAUUAUGUAGUGAAUGUUUGA